UGUCAGUGAUUGUUGUCAUGUCAUGCGUGUCUGUCAUCUAAACUUGACUAUUUUAAUUUAUUUGUUGUCAAGUGGAGGAGGGACUGAGUGAGGAGUGUUCAACGUAAUUCAUUAUGUAGAUUAUCAAACAUUACCGUCCAUUGUUCGCACAGAGUUCACAGGGGAAACGAUAAAAAGUUUAUUGGGGAUUCUCACGGAAUCCGAAGAAAGUUGACGUGAAAGGCUUCUGCUGUAUUAUGAAUGGUGGUGUCGUUCUAAGGCUGGUGUCAUCACCAUGGCGUUCGUGUCGUGCUAACAUAUAAUAAAAUAUUAUUACGAUAGGCUAACGUAACUAGUGUUGUUUACUUGGACUUCUGUAUUUAAAAAGUGUAAAACUUUGGAAAGUCUCGGCAACACUUUCUACCGUCAUUACACAUCAGCCGCACCAGCAAUGGCUGGGUUCCAGACGAGUGACACCAUGCCCAAGUUCGGCCACGUGACGGACUUACGAGAGCAAUGGCUCGUACGUGCUGAUGGGGCGCUGGCGCACCGUCUACAGGAUCGAGAAAUCUCGUCUCAUCUGUGCGAAAAUAGAUAUCGCAACCAGCAGAUUCGUGAGGACUUCCCAAUAGCCCUUAACGAACAACGAGACAUAGAGCACGAAGUCCACCUGAGAGAACUUACUCGACGCCGACAGGCCGAAAUUGAUGCAGAAAUAGCACGAGAGAUGGCUGAAAUUAAUCUGCGCAGGCAACGCCGCCAGCGCUCCAGUGACAUGUUACAACAACCCAGCUCGUCUCGCGCCGCUCCCCCGGCCCCGCUUCCUGUUACUACCGUUCCAAGUGAAGAUAUCAAUCCAGAAGAGCUUGGUCUGUCUCCAACUGAACUUGAGGAAAUGAGGCGACGACUGGAACAAGAAGAGAAGGAUGCAAGACUCGCUAGGGAACUGAGCCAUGAAGACAACAACCAAGAUGCUCUAUUGGCUGACAUGAGAUGUGCAGUAGAAGCUCAAGAUGGUGAGUUGGCAAGAUUGUUGCAAGAGAGAGAAUACAAAAAACUUCAGAGAGCCAAGGAGAAGGCAAGACAGAAGGCUUUGUUAAAAAAACAGCAGAGAAUGGCUGCCCAGCAACAAGGCCUAGCACCUCAGGUAGACAAUGAAGCCACUUCUACUCCACAGGCUACACUGUGUGAUGCUUACAGCAACCCUCGAGAUAUGAUUUGUGAGAACCGACUCAGACUGUGCAAAUCUGUUGACUCUGAUUUGCAUUAUGUUGAACCAUUUGAAAAAGAAUCCAUUCAAUCUAAAGCCAGUGCCUUGCAAUCCUUGGAGAUGUCAAAUCAGUAUUACACUCGACAACCUGAAGCUGGAACUUCAGGCAGUAAUUUGUCUCAUUGUCACUCACAAUCUAUGGAAGAUAAAAGGGUACCCAGUAAUCAAAGUUCAAUGCAACACCGACAGCCUCCCCCUCCACCAACAACAAGCAAGAAGCCUCGUUUCCCAGACCCAGUGAGCAUCAGACCAGCCUCACACUACCCCGCUGAGCAGUCAGUGCCAGAAAGUAUCCCUCCUUCCAACCUGGCUCACAGCUACAGUGAAAAUAACAACCUGUACAGUUGUACGUACCCACCGGACAUCAGCCCACCACACAUGAUACAGGAAAGACAUGACAACAAUAAACGGCUCUCUGUUAUAUCAGACAUCACUGCUGAAGGUUUAGCCAAAAAGAAAAGUAAGCAAGCUGACAUUAACAAGAAAAGAAAGGGAUGCAAAAUACAGUGAGUUUGUGAUGGUGGUUUCAGGUAAACAAGUGAAAAGCCAAGUGAAAAGAUGUGCAAUUUAAUAAUUGAGCGAAUGUUAAUCGAGCAGAGUAUAUUGAUGAAAAAUGGUGUGAUUUGAGUGGUAGCUGAUCUUUUGUGUUCGUAUUCGUACAGCUCAAAUACCUUUUUAUAUAAAAUAUGUUAAGUUGUAGUUGUAGCGCAGUAAGUUACAUUUUAUUAACAUUGUUUUUAUAUC